AUGCCACAACGCGUCUUGAUAGUCACUGGGGCCUCAAAGGGUAUCGGCAAAGCAGCUGCUUUAUAUGCAAUCAAACAAGCCAACGCCAACGUCGUGGCCAUUGCAAGAAACCCCGAGCUUCUCAAGCAAUUGCAAACCGAGGUCGCUCAACAUGGCAAAGAGAAUUCGCUCCUUGUUGUCUCUGGCGAUGUAACCGAUCCAAUGGUCAUACAACAAGCUGUCGAUGGUGCAAUUUCUCGAUGGGGAAGGAUCGAUGGUGUUGUUGCCAACGCGGGCGUAUUGGAGCCUAUUGCCAAUGUGCGUGACGUGGAUCUCAACCAGUGGAAACGACUCUUUGAUAUCAACUUUUUCUCCAUCAUCCAACUUGUCCAAAAAGCUUUACCGCAUCUUCGUGAAACCAAAGGCGCCAUUGUGAUGGUAUCAUCAGGGGCUGCUAAGAUCUAUGUCAAAGGAUGGGAUGCAUAUGGAUCUUCCAAGGCUGCUUUGAAUCACCUUGCAACAACCUUGGCAGUAGAGGAGCCUGAUAUCACAACGAUAGCAUUUCGACCUGGAGUAGUGGCAACGGAUAUGCAAAAGAGUGCUCGAGAUGCAGGCAAGGGGGUUAUGGAUGAUUCAAUGCACAAAGAAAUGACUAAGGCUUACAAGGAAGGCAAACUCCUUCAACCUGAGACACCAGGUUCUAUUAUCGCAAGACUUGCUCUUGAUCCUCCUCGUUCUUUGACGGGAUCCUUUGUCGCUUGGGAUGAUGCCAUCUUAGAGAAUUAUCGAUCAUAG